AUCACCUGAAUCACUGGUACCGCUCGCAGCAGGUACAAAGCAAAUUAGCGAAGGGCUGUUAGUUUUAUAUCUUCAAACUUCAGAUAAAGGAUUUGUAAGUUUCGUUUUGCUUCAGGGACAGAGGAAGACAAAUGGGGAUCUUGUACUCAGAGCCCAUGUGUCAGGCAGCUUAUGAUGAUGACAUCCACAAACUGAAAGAACUCAUCUCAGCUGAUCCCAGGAACAUAAAUGCUCAAGAUGAAGGAACGGGAGACACACCGAUCAUAGCUGCCUGUAGACGGGGCAACCUCAGGAUUGUAAAAUACCUGCUAGAUAGCAAUGCAAAUGUGUCCAUAAGGAAUAAGAAACAAAGGACUUGUUUGCACUAUGCUACAAGAAGAACCUUUUCCUUCUUGGACUACCUGAUGAUUGCCAUUUUAAUGCCUAUUUUGCUCAUUGGUUUUCUUAUAUUGGAAGAGAAGCAAAGAAAAAAUGUGAAGUUGAUGGAGUUUUUGUUGGCCACUAAAGUGGAUGUAAAUGCUGUAGACUAUAAGGGGAACACUGGACUUCACUAUGCGUGCCAAAGAAAAAGUCAAAGGAUUAUUCCAUUGUUACUGCAGAGGAAUGCAGAUGUUUCAAUACAGAACAAAAAUCGGGAAACUCCACUAGAUAUUGCACAGAAACACAAAUUCCUAAAAAUUGUUUCAAUGUUAACAAAGUCAAUGUGAGUAUUAAUGGAGCACUGGGGUCCUGCACAAUUCACCAGAUGAGUUUUAGUUUUGAUGUGCACCAAAUAUUUUUUUUCUGCGCAACAAAUAUUGUUACAUGUGAUGUUCUGAAACUACAUUUUCUCUGAUGAAAAUGCUGUAUGUAAACAUUUGAUUUACUGAUUUGUUGAGACUUUUCAGACAUAUCGUGGUUUGUUUUAAUGUUCAAGUUUGCUUUUAUCACUGUACAGUAUAAAAUGUAUUUCCAAAAAAAAAAAAAAAAA